AUGGCCCAAAGCUUGUCAGGCAUACUAGGCGCCGCCUCACUAAACUUGGGCCCGUACGAAGAUCUCUACAGGCAUUUCCAUGCAAACCCAGAGCUCUCCCUGCAAGAAAAGGCCACCUCUGAGAAGAUCACAGACAUCCUAUCCCGCCUGGGCCCCUAUGAGAUCCACACAAAUAUCGGCGGCUACGGCCUAGUAGGAGUUCUCAGAAAUGGCCCAGGAAAGACAAUCCUCCUCCGCGCCGAUAUGGAUGCCCUGCCAAUUAAGGAGUUGACCGGUCUGCCGUACGCGAGUUCCGUAACCAUGCGUGAUGGCGACGGAACCAUGAAGCCGGUAAUGCACGCCUGUGGCCAUGAUAUGCAUAUUACAUGUCUCCUUGCCACGGCAGACACACUGGUGCGGAUCCGGGAUUCCUGGAGCGGGACUUUGAUCGUUCUCUUCCAGCCGAACGAGGAGCGGGGCGGAGGUGCGCAGGCUAUGGUUGAUGAUGGGCUUUAUUCGAAGAUUCCCAUGCCGGAUUAUGUCUUCGGUCAGCAUGUCAUGAGGAUGCGGGCUGGGGCUGUUGGCUCCAGGCCUGGGACUAUUAUGGCUGCUGCGGAUAGUUACAAGAUUACGCUCUUUGGCAGGGGCGGUCAUGGAUCCCAGCCACAUCAGACUGUUGAUCCUGUGCUGCUUGCUGCGCAUGUUGUUGUGAGAUUGCAGGGUAUUGUUAGUAGAGAGGUUGAUCCCAGUGACCUGGGCGUGGUGACGGUUGGCAGUUUGCAGGCUGGGCAGACUGAGAAUGUCAUUUCGGAUAGAGCCGAGAUCGGGAUUGAUUUCAGAACUGUUAAGCUUGAGACUCGACAGAAGAUCCUUUCCGCUGUUAAACGUAUUGUUGAGGCUGAAUGUGCUGCAAGUGGUUCGCCGAAACCGCCGGUGUUUACCCCGACCAGACGGUUCCCGCCCACUACAAAUGACCAAAGUGCUGCUUUGCAGCUGGCUGCGUCUUUUGGUGAUCAUUUCGGGGAGUCGUUUGAUGGAGAUACCCCAAGAACCAACGUCAGCGAAGACUUCUCUACACUGGGUACCUCUCAAGGUCUUCCAUGCUCCUUCUGGCUGUUUGGAGGUAUUGACCCGGAGCUUUGGGACAAAGCACAGCAAGAUGAGGCUCUCAUGGCAGAAAUACCCGGAAAUCAUUCGGCUUUGUUCGCCCCUGUGAUUCAGCCAACCAUGAGAACCGGCAUCGAUGCGUUGAGUCUUGCGGCUUUGACAUUCUUGCGGAAAUGA